CCGAUACGGGACGCGACGAUCGCCACAGGGCGCGUUGCGACGCCGGCGCCGGGGGAAAUGGACGUGACGUUCGCGACGCCGCGGGGCCGGGAGUUCACCCUGGAGGUGUGGUACUUCGCGACGGUGCGGGAGGUGAAGGAGGCGGUCCGCGCGCGCGAGGGCGUCCCCGUGGGCUCCCAGCGCCUCUUCCUCGCCGGGCGGGAGCUCGACGACGACGCGCGCGACGCCGCGCACUACGGCGUCCUCCAGGGCUCCCGCGUCCUCCUCCUCCUCCCCGACGACGCGACGCCCCCCUCCGCCGCCGCCGCACCCGCGGCCGUCCGCGUCGCUAUCUCGGCCCCCGCGAUCGGCCGCGGCGUCGCGCUCGACCUCCGCGCGCCCGACACCGUGGCGCGCCUCAAGGAGCUCCUCCAGGACCGCACCGACGGCGCGCUGCCCGCGGCGAGGACGGCGCUGUUCUACGGCAAGGCGGAGAUGGAGGACGCCAAGGCGCUGGCGGACUACGACCCUCCGGCGGACAGUAUGAUGGAGGUGUGCGCCGUCGUGCGCCAGCCCCCCGCAGCGGCGGCGGCGGCGGGCGGCGGCAACGGGGCCAGGACCAACCAGCAGCGGAUCGCCGUCAAGGUGAAGUUCGGCGCGAGGGCGGUGGCGCUGGAGGUGGGCGCCACGGACGUGGUCCGGGACCUGCGCAAGGAGGUGGAGAGGCUGCGCCUCCCCGUGCGCGACGGCGGCGGCGGCUACUUCUUCGUGUACAAGCAGAACGUCAUGGACGAGGACCGCACACUGCGGUGGCACGAGGUCAAGAACGGCGACACCAUCGAGAUCUUCAACGGCACCGUCACCGGCGGCGCCUGACGGUAUGCGAUCAGAUCGUGGGGUUUAACGAAGGGUAUAGGGUUUCGCUUCGUCUGCAAUCCUGCAUUGAGGUUCCAGAGUUUUGUUGCUUCAGGUUCAGGGUGGCCUUUCUUCAGUUCCGAUUUAGCUCGUCUUCAGUGCAUUGCUGACAGUGAUGGAACAAUGCAGUAUAAUAGUAUAUUGGGA